AUGGUCGUCAAUUCUCUCCCCUCCGACCAAUCCACGGACUCCGUUCCGGGGAAACGGCGACCUAAUCUCGUGACCGGGCUUCACGGCGUGAAGGUCCUCUACGGCCGGUUUCAGAGCUCCAUCGACUUCGACGGCCAGCGGCACACGCUGGGGACGUGGGACGACCCGAUGGAGGCUGCGAAGGGAUACGCAGCCGCAGCGUAUAUGAUCGUUCAUCUGGGCGUGCGCGCCGUGUCCGCUAUCCUGACGGAGGAGGAGCAGGCGUGCUUGAAGCGAAUGUCGCACGACGAUUUCAUAACGAUCCUGAAGUUCCCCGGCGCGUGGAAGCAGUGGCAGCGGUGGGAGGAGCUCAUGCCGCGGUGGCGCGCGCACUACGAGAACCUCGCGCGCAAGCACGGGGAGAUGGACACCGUGCGCAUCGGGCGGAAGAAGCGCAAGGGGAAGGAGCAAGCCAUUGCGCCCGUGGGAAAAUUUACUGCCGCCGCCGCGAUGAACGGCCUGCAGACGCCUAUGUUUGCUCUCGACCCAGGCAUGCACGUGGAGCAGGGGAUGGUGGGGGAGGCAGUAGGGGUAGGAGUCGUAGGAGGGGUGGGAGUGUUGGGGGGGGUUGUGGGGGGAGAAGUUGCAGGGGUAGGAGGAAUGGGUGCGGUUGGGGAGCAAGGAGUUUUGGAGAAUGGGUACGCUGGAGGGGAAGGGGAGGAGGAGACUGCACUUCCUGCACGCAUACACGAGAGCAGGCUAACAGCAGCAGACUAUGAGGUGCUGGGGUACAAUCAGCAGGCGGUGACAACGCUGGGAGUGGCCAAGGACGUGGGCGACAACAUGGGGCUGCUUGCGGGGCUGCUCGCUGACAUGGUGCCGCCAUGGCUCGUCUCGUCUCACAUCACAUGUGUUCUGCGCCGGUUCACCUGUGUGGCCUCGUCCACAACUUAUAUCUGUCUCUUUCCCCCUCUCCACGCCUUCCUGCCUGCCUCCAGAUGCCUCUGCCCCUCUCUGCCUCGUGUGACCCUCUCUCUCCUACCGCACACAACCGCACUUAACAGCACUGCUCCACCGCAUUCUACCUCACUCAUCUGCACUCCACCACACUCCACCGCAUUCUACCGCACUGCACCGCUCUCCCCGCCCCUGCAGGUGCGGUGUCUGCUGUGCUGCGCCACCAACGGGUCCAUCUACUUUAUCAAGGCGGGCCUCGUCUCCUCGCAGCUGAACUUCCCAUUCCCUCUCGCCACAUACUGCACUCAAACGCACUCAACUGCACUCCACUGCACUCAACCGAGCUCCACUGCACUGCACCGUACUCAACUGCACUCAACCACUCUCCAACACACUCCACUGCACUCCUUGUCCCUGCAGGUGUGGUGUCUGCUGUGCUGCGCCACCAACGGGUCCAUCUACUUCAUCACAGCCGGCCUCGUCUCCUCGCAGCUCAACUUCCCGCACUCGGGGGGUGUGGUGGCGGGCAUUGUGGUGGGCUUCAUCGGCCUCUCUGGCGCCAUCUUUGCACAGGUGCUGCUGGGAGGGGCAAGGGGAUGGGUGGCGGAGGGGAUGGGCAGCGCCGAUGGGUGGGGGAGGGGACGGUGGUGGGGCGUGGAAGGGGCGGGGGGAGGUGUUGUGCAGAUGGUCGGAGGUGUGCCUGCUGUGCCUGGGCUGGCGAGAUCUACUCCGCGCUGCUCGCACCCAACCCACCAGCAUUUCUGCUGCUGGCCUGCAUUGGCCCCGCUGCUGUUGGCCUCCUCAGCCUCUUCAUUGUCCGCCUCUUCCCCCCCCGUACGUCCUCUUCCCCCCCCGUACGUCCUCUUCCCCCCCCGUACGUCCUCUUCCCCCCCCGUACGUCCUCUUCCCCCCCCGUACGUCCUCUUCCCCCCCCGUACGUCCUCUUCCCUCCCCGUACGUCCUCUUCCCUCCCCGUACGUCCUCUUCCCUCCCCGUACGUCCUCUCCCCCACCCCCCCACACUUCCUCUCCACCAAUGACUUUCAAGCAACAUGAGCAGCCCAUGAACCGCCACUUCUCUCCUCAGUUUUUUCUGCACAGCAUGACACUCGCGCUGCUUGUCCUUGCAACCUGCCAUCUUUCCUCCCAAAGUGCCCCUUGCCUCCCCAUAUGCCCCCUUGCCUCCCCAUAUGCCCCCUUGCCUCCCCAUAUGCCCCCUUGCCUCCCCAUAUGCCCCCCUGCCUCCCCAUAUGCCCCCCUGCCUCCCCAUAUGCCCCCCUGCCUCCCCAUAUGUCCUUUUCUCUCCCUGUCCCCCCCAGCCCCCCGCACAGCCAAGGUGGCAGCAGAGGAGACUGCAGGCUUCUCCCUCAUCUUGCGCCUCUGCAUGCUGCUCGCCACCUUCCUGCCUUACGCCCUGCCUUUUUUCUCCCCCUUUCCCUGUUCGCCCCCCGUUCACUCCCUAUCCCCCCCAGCCCCACGCACACCCAAGGUGGCAGCAGAGGAGGGUGCGGGUUUUUCUCUCAUCAUGCGCCUCUGCAUGCUGCUCGCCGCCUUCCUCCUCGUCGUCAUCACCUCCCAGGCCUUCACCACCUUCUCACCGCACACCACCACUGCCAUUACCAUCACCAUGCUCCUCCUCCUCCUCGCCCCUGCUUCCGGCCCCUCCGAUCUUUCCCAGCCGUUGCUUCAAUCGACGCCAGCCACGUCAGCAGCGGGCGCUCCUGGUAGUGCCAGUCCUGGGGCUAGCGUGCUUCCACCAAUCAGAGAAGGAGAGACACUCCAUGCCGCAAGCGCCCUCCCCCAAUCCUCCCCUCCACCCAGUCACCCACCGGCAUUCUCCCUCUCGCCCCACCACUCCGCCUUCUCCCCUCUCAGCCACAGAAGAACCUCCCCCAAAACCACCUCCCUUGAAUACACCUCCCCAUAUAACAGCCCUCCUCCUCCUUCCAGCAGUCAUACCCGCUCUGCUGCUCAAAACAUUUCCUCAUCUCCAGUAGCAGGAGGAGCAGGAAGAGGAGGAGGAGGAUUGAGGGGUGCGGGAGCCAUUUCGUUUGUGAGCCCUAAUAGGUCCGGUGAAGCGCCGAAGCUAGGGCUCAGCAGCAGCAUCACCGCAGCUGCCCACGCUAGCAGCUUCGGCACCCAAAGCAGUGUAGGCUCGGCAACCCUCAUGCAGCUGCUCCUGGGCACGUCUGCUGACUCCCGAACCAACCGAAGCGGAGGUACGGGGAGCCAGCCCAGGUCCGGUGUACUCGAUAUAAGCAGUCCCCCUGCUAGCAGAAGGGCGCAGGGUAUAUCCAGCAGUGGUAGUCUGCGCAGUGCUAGUGGAGUGAAGGGGAGGCAAGCGGGGGAGCAAGAGACAGGAGAGGAAGGGAUAGAGGGAAAAGAGGAAGAGGAGGGAGAGGGGGGGACGCAGGGAAGGCAGGUGCUAAGAAAACGAGCAGGGGGAGGAGGGACAGGAGGAAGCAGCUCGAGUCCUGAUUAUGGCCCUACGACCAAUUGGAUGCCGCCACGUGGCAGCCAGAAGAGCCUGAGCAGCCUGACUGAGGAUGGUGACGUGGCAGGGGCGGCGAGUGUGGGUGGGAGGGAGGGCGAGGGCGGGGAGGACGACUGGAGCUACUACAGGGGCGGAGAUGAUGGGGACGAGAAUGAGGAUGGGGAGGAGGAGGAGGAGGAGGAUGAGCAGGAGGGGGAGGAAGAAGGGGAUGGGGCAGGAGACGAAUCAACUGAGCAAGCUCGCGCAGGAGGGGCAGCAGCAGCGGGGGGUAGGGUGUAUCUGGGGCAGGACCAUUCAUUUGGGCAGGCGCUAUCCACGGUGGAUUUCUGGCUGCUGUACGGGGGGCUGGUGUGUGGCUUUGGCGCUGGGCUGACAGCCAUCACGAGCCUGGCACAGAUCGGAGAGGCGCAGGGGUGUGGCAACGCUCAGGUGCUCACUUCGCUCGUCAGCAUCUGGCAGUUCCUUGGGAGGCUGGCUAGCGGGUCGCUCUCGGAGCACUUUGUCCGAGCCCACGGCAUGCCGCGCCUCAUGGCCUUAGCAGCCAUCCAGCCGCUCAUGGCCUUAGCAGCCAUCCAGAUGCUCAUGGCCGUGGGCCAUCCGGCCUUUGCCUCCCGUGGCUCACUCCUUCCAACUUUCCCCCUCCCUUCCGCACAUUACAGGGCCCAUGGCAUGCCACGGCCCAUGGCUCUAGCAGCCAUUCAGCUGCUCAUGGCCGUCGGCCACCUGGCCUUCGCCCUGGCCCCACCAGGAGGCGUGUACCUGGGCUCUCUCCUCAUAGGCUUCACGUACGGCGGCCUGUGUUCCGUCAUGCCUGUCAUUGCCGCUGAGCUUUUCGGCCGUCGCUGCCUCGGGCUGCUCUACAACUCCCUGCUCGCCGCUGCUCCCCUCGGCUCCUACCUCUUCUCAGGAGUGCUGGCGGGAUACCUCUACGAGAUAGAGGCGCGGAAAGACAGGGGGGUCACAGCAGGCCUACUGGGAGCAGCAUCGCUGCUAGCACCCGGGGGAGAGUGGGCCUUGGAGCCUGCCGGAGGUGUCGGGCACGUGGCCGGGGGCUCUGUUGCCUUCAAAGGGCAGGGAAUGGGGGGCUGGUUCAGUGAUGUUGUGGGCAGUGCAGGGAGGAGUGUAGGGGGUAGUGUAGGAGGGGAGGGUCCGAAGGCGUGUCACGGGGCGCACUGCUUCCGCCUCAUCUUCCUCAUUCUCACUGCCGUGUGUGUGCUGGGCGCUGCUGUCAACGUACUCGUUGCCUCCCGCACUGCCCGCGUGUACGGGCUUAUGCGGCAGAGCGAAGGGGGAGGAGAGGAGACGGAUGAAGUUGAUGAGAAAGAUGAUGCUAGGUAG